AUGGACUCUUUUCCAUCAACCGGAACCUCCAAGUUUGUUGAACUACUGAGUCAACAAACUCUUUCCUUUGGUAACUAUGAAGAUAGUGUUGAACUAUCUUCAUCAGAAGUUCCAUUUCGAGGUAGUCUAGGAACCGAAGCUUCAAACUUUGAGGCUGGAGACACUCCUGCUGAGCGAAGAGAACGAAGGAAAUGGACACAAGCGGAUGAUAUUGUUCUGAUCAGCUCGUGGUUGAACACGAGCAAAGAUCCUGUCGUUGGCAACGAGCAAAGACCAUGCACGUUUUGGAAGAGAAUUGCUGCCUACUUUGCGGCAAGUCCUCAUGUUCCUGGCCGCGAGGUGAGAGAGUCAGGCCACUGCAAGCAGCGUUGGCACAAGAUCAAUGAUCUUGUGUGCAAGUUCUGUGGAGCCUACGAGGCUGCUAGUAGAGAAAAAAGCAGCGGGCAAAAUGAGAAUGAUGUUCUCAGGCAAGCUCAUCAAAUUUUCUUCAACAAUCAGAAGAAGAAAUUCACUUUGGAACACGCAUGGAGGGAGUUGCGCAACGACCAGAAGUGGUGCGACCUUGCUAAAAACGAUGGGAGCUCGAGGAAGAGGAAGGCUGAGGAUGGUCCAGAUUCAUCUACAUCUGAAGCAACUGCGAGCAAGCGUCCCCCCGGUGUCAAGGCCGCUAAGGCGAGUGGUAAGAAGACAGGGGUGGAGACAGUGGAUUUGAAUAAAUUUCAGAGUAUGUGGACAAUCAAACAACAGGCUUUGGCAGUGAAAGAACGGUUGUCUAAGAUGAGUUUGCUUGAUAGUCUUAUUGGAAAAAAGGAACCGUUGGCUGAGCAUGAAGAAAUCCUCAAGAGCAAGCUCAUCAAUGACUUGUUGUCUAGUUAG